GACCGCGGUGCUCGCGAGCUACGCUCCCUGGCUCUCCGGUCCGCCUCAGCCGCCUCGGCAGCGCUCAAAGCCGGCUGCAGGAGUUGAGCCGCACCGUCGGAGGAGGUUUUGGCGAAGCUGUUGGAGGGGUGCCGACGACAGUGAGGCGGAGAGGGUGCACGAAGGCUCGUGGGUUAAGAGCCCGUGGGGUUCGCCGGCGGAGGGACGUUUCCGAGGCUUGGAGGAGGAGGGGGAGAUGCUGCUCCUCUUCUCCCCCUCCUCAGGCUCCUUCUGCAGCUCCCUCAGCCCACGCCCGCGGCCGCUUUGGGGAGAAUUGGUUGUGGCUCUCCGCGCCCGCGGCGGCUGCCCGCAGCCCGCCCAAACGCCGAGUCCUCGCAGCCCUCGCCCCGCGCUCUAGUAGCUGGACCUGGUCUCACGACGAGCGGGUAGAAAUUCCAUUGGAUUGCUAGUAACAGAGGCCCAAACCAACAGUGGCCUAAAGAAGUUUAGAUUUCUGAAGCCCUAGCAAUCUGCAGUCACCCUUCCAAAAAACCAAACCUGUCGCUGUCAAGUUGAUUCCAACUCAUGGCGACAGAAUUCCACAAACAGGUAAUAUGCAUGUGUCACUAGCUGAGGCCCUGGAGGUUCGGGGUGGACCACUGCAGGAAGAAGAAAUAUGGGCUGUGUUGAAUCAAAGUGCUGAGAGUCUACAAGAAUUAUUCAGAAAAGUGAGCAUAGCUGAUCCUGCUGCCCUUGGCUUUAUUAUUUCUCCGUGGUCUCUGCUGUUGCUGCCAUCUGGUAGUGUGUCAUUUACAGAUGAAAAUAUUUCCAAUCAAGAUCUUCGAGCAUUCACUGCACCAGAGGUUCUUCAAAAUCAAUCACUAACUUCUCUCUCAGAUGUUGAAAAGAUCCAUAUUUAUUCUCUUGGAAUGACAUUGUAUUGGGGGGCUGAUCAUGAAGUACCUCAGAGCCAACCUAUCAAGCUUGGAGAUCAUCUCAACAGCAUAUUGCUUGGAAUGUGUGAGGAUGUUAUCUACGCUCGGGUUUCUGUUCGGACUGUCCUGGAUGCUUGCAGUGCUCACAUUAGGAAUAGCAAUUGUGCACCUUCAUUUUCUUAUGUGAAGCAGUUGGUGAAACUGGUUCUGGGAAAUCUAUCUGGGACGGAUCAGCUUUCCCGUAACAGUGAACAAAAGCCUGAUCGAAGCCAGGCUAUUCGAGACCGAUUGAGAGGAAAAGGAUUACCAACAGGAAGAAGCUCUACUUCUGAUGUACUAGACAUACACAAGCCUCCAUUCUCUCAUCAGACUUUUCUUAACAAAGGGCUUAGUAAAUCUAUGGGAUUUCUGUCCAUCAGAGACACACAAGAUGAGGAAGAUUAUUUCAAGGACAUUUCAUCACAUAAUAAUUCUGGACACGAAGAUUCUGAAAAUACCUGUUCCCCUUACCAGUUUAAAACUAGUACAGAAAAAAAAGUUACCUCAAGCAUUGGUGUACUUCCCAAGAAGAAGAUUUGGGCUUCAUCCACGGACCUGCUUUGCACAACUGACAGAGAUUCACUUUCUGGAGAGACUGGCAGAUACCAGCGCUGUCCGUCUGAGGCAGUAACAGUGCGGACUUCAACUGCUCCUAGAAAAAAGGAGGCAAGAUACUCAGAUGGAAGCAUAGCCUUGGAUAUCUUCGGCCCUCAGAAAAUGGAUCCAAUGUACCACACACGAGAAUUGCCCACCUCUUUAGCAAUAUCAAGUGCUUUGGACCGAAUCCGAGAGAGGCAGAAGAAACUUCAGGUUCUGAGAAAAGCCAUGAAUGUAGAAGAACCAAUUCGAAGACAUAAAACUUACCACAGUGAUAUCUUUAGCAUCUCCAGUGAAAGUCCAUCUAUUAUUUCCUCUGAAUCAGAUUUCAGACAAGUGCGAAGAAGUGAAGCUUCAAAGAAAUUUGAAUCCAGUAGUGAUCUCCCAGGGGUAGAUGAAACCCCAAAUCAAGGCCAGUCACAAAGACCAAGCAGACAAUAUGAAACACCCCUAGAAGGCAACUUAAUUAAUCAAGAGAUCAUGCUAAAAAGGCAAGAAGAAGAAAUGAUGCAGCUGCAAGCCAGAAUGGCCCUUAGACAGUCUCGACUGAGUCUGUAUCCAGGAGACACAAUCAAAGCAUCUAUGCUUGACAUCACCAGGGAUCCCUUAAGAGAAAUGGCCCUAGAAACAGCCAUGACCCAAAGAAAACUUAGGAAUUUCUUUGGCCCCGAGUUUGUGAAAAUGACGAUUGAGCCAUUUAUAACUUUGGAUUUGCCACGAUCUAUCCUUACCAAGAAAGGGAAGAACGAGGAGAGCCGAAGAAAAGUAAACGUAAUGCUCCUGAGUGGGCAGAGACUGGAACUGACCUGUGAUACGAAAACUAUAUGUAAAGAUGUAUUUGAUAUGGUUGUGGCCCAUAUUGGCUUAGUGGAGCAUCAUUUGUUUGCUUUAGCUACCCUCAAAGAUAAUGAAUAUUUCUUUGUUGAUCCUGAUUUAAAAUUAACCAAAGUGGCCCCAGAGGGAUGGAAAGAAGAACCAAAGAAAAAGAGCAAAGCCAGUGUUAAUUUUACUAUGUUUUUCCGAAUUAAGUUUUUCAUGGAUGAUGUUAGUCUAAUACAACAUACUCUGACCUGUCACCAGUAUUAUCUUCAGCUGCGAAAAGACAUCUUGGAGGAAAGGAUGCACUGUGAUGAUGAGACUUCCGUGUUGUUAGCAUCCUUAGCUCUCCAGGCUGAGUAUGGAGAUUACCAACCAGAGGUUUAUGGUGUGUCUUAUUUUAGACUGGAACAUUACUUGCCUGCCAGAGUGAUGGAAAAACUUGAGCUAGCCUAUAUCAAACAAGAGUUACCCAAAUUGCAUAAUACUUAUGUGGGAGCUUCUGAAAAAGAGACAGAGUUAGAGUUCUUAAAGGUCUGCCAAAGACUGACAGAAUAUGGAGUUCAUUUUCACCGGGUACACCCUGAGAAAAAGUCACAAACAGGAAUAUUGCUUGGAGUCUGUUCUAAAGGUGUCCUUGUGUUUGAGGUUCACAAUGGAGUUCGCACAUUGGUCCUUCGCUUUCCAUGGAGGGAAACCAAGAAGAUUUCUUUUUCUAAAAAGAAAAUCACAUUGCAGAAUACAUCAGACGGAAUAAAACACGCCUUCCAGACAGACAACAGUAAGGUAUGCCAGUACCUGCUGCACCUCUGCUCCUCUCAGCAUAAAUUCCAGCUGCAGAUGAGAGCAAGACAGAGCAACCAAGAUGCCCAGGAUAUUGAGAGAGCUUCGUUUAGGAGCCUGAAUCUCCAAGCAGAGUCCAUUAGAGGAUUUAAUAUGGGACGAGCAAUCAGCACUGGCAGCCUGGCCAGCAGCACACUGAACAAACUAGCCGUUCGACCUUUGUCAGUUCAAGCCGAGAUUCUGAAGAGGCUAUCCUGCUCAGAGCUGUCGCUUUACCAGCCGUUGCAAAACAGUUCAAAAGAGAAGAGUGACAAAGCUUCCUGGGAGGAAAAGCCUAGAGGGAUGAGUAAAUCAUACCACGAUCUCAGUCAGGCCUCUCUCUAUCCUCGUCGGAAAAGUGUCAUUGUUAACAUGGAAUCCCCACCACAAACCAUUGAGGAGUCGGUGGGAAAACCAUUUAACCAGAUGGCAAGAUCUGACACAGAAUCUUUGGCAGGAUUCACAAAACUUAAUAAUUCAAAGUCUGUUGCAAGUUUAAAUAGAAGUCCUGAAAGGAGGAAACAUGAAUCAGACUCAUCCAUUGAAGACCCUGGUCAAGCAUAUGGUAUAGGAAUGACUAUGCAUAGUUCUGGAAAUUCUUCAUCCCAACUACCCUUAAAAGAAAAUGAUGCGCUACACAAAAGAUGGAGCAUUGUAUCCUCACCAGAAAGAGAGAUCACCUUGCUGAACCUGAAAAAAGAUGCAAAGUAUGGCUUAGGGUUUCAGAUUAUUGGUGGGGAGAAGAUGGGAAGACUGGAUCUAGGUGUGUUUAUCAGUUCAGUUACCCCUGGAGGACCAGCUGACUUGGAUGGAUGCUUAAAACCAGGGGACCGUUUGAUAUCUGUGAAUAGUGUGAGUCUGGAGGGGGUCAGCCACCAUGCUGCAAUAGAAAUUUUGCAAAAUGCGCCUGAAGACGUGACACUCGUUAUCUCUCAGCCAAAAGAAAAAAUAUCCAAAGUGCCUUCUACUCCUGUACAUCUUGCCAAUGGAAUGAAAAGCUACAUGAAGAAACCUUCCUUCCUGCAAGAUGGUGCUAUAGAUUCUUCUUCUGAGGAUCGUGGCUGGCCACAUGGUACCCUGAAGCAUAUCUCAGACAGCUCCUUUGGGCUGCCUGGGGGCCUGCGGGAAGGAAGCCUGAGUUCUCAAGAUUCCAGAACUGAGAGUGCCAGCUUGUCCCAGAGCCAGGUCAAUGGCUUCUUUGCCAGCCAUGGAGGUGACCGAACCUGGAAGGAAUCACAGCAUGGUAGCCCAUCCUCAUCUGUAAUAUCCAAAGCUUCUGAGACGAAGAGAAUUUCCGUUGACGGUAACCGAAGCAAAGCUAAAAAACCAGGCACUUCUGAUGCAACCGACUAUUCUGAUCGUGGCGAUUCAGACAUGGAUGAAGCUACUUACUCUAGCAGUCAGGAUCAUCAGACACCAAAAAAGGAAUCUUCCUCCUCAAUGAAUACAUCCAACAAAAUGAACUUUAAAUUUUUUUCAUCAUCACCUCCUAAACCUGGAGAUAUCUUUGAGGUUGAACUGACUAAAAAUGAUAACAGCUUGGGGAUAAGUGUCACGGUACUGUUUGCCAAGGGAGGUGUGAAUACCAGUGUCAGGCAUGGUGGCAUUUAUGUGAAAGCUGUUAUUCCCAACGGAGCAGCAGAGUCUGAUGGUAGAAUACACAAAGGUGAUCGUGUCCUAGCUGUCAAUGGAGUUAGCCUGGAAGGAGCUACCCAUAAGCAAGCUGUGGAAACACUGAGAAAUACAGGACAGGUGGUCCAUCUGUUGUUAGAAAAGGGACAGUCUCCAGCAUCCAAAGGACAUGUCCCUGUAACCCCACAGUGCACUCUUUCAGAUCCAGAUGCCCAAAGUCAAGCCCAAGAAAAAAUGGUGAAGAGAACAACUCAUGUCAAAGACUACAGCUUUGUCACUGAAGAAAAUACAUUUGAGGUAAAACUGUUUAAAAAUAGCUCAGGCCUAGGAUUCAGUUUUUCACGAGAAGAUAAUCUUGUACCUGAGCAAAUGAAUACCAGUAUAGUAAGGGUUAAAAAGCUCUUCCCUGGACAGCCAGCAGCAGAAAGUGGAAAAAUUGAUGUGGGAGAUGUUAUCUUGAAAGUGAAUGGAGUCUCUUUGAAAGGAUUAUCUCAGCAGGAAGUCGUAUCCACUCUCAGGGGUACAUCUCCAGAAGUAUCCUUGCUUCUUUGCCGACCUCCGCUUGGUGUGCUACCCGAAAUUGAUACUGCUCUUUUGACCCCAGUACACUCUCCAGCACAAGUACUUCCAAACAGCAGUAAAGAUCUUUCUCAGCCGUCAUGUAUGGAGCAAGGCACCAGCUCAGAUGAAAAUGAAAUGUCUGACAAAAGCAGGCAACAAUGCAAAUCCCCAUCCAGAAGAGACAGUUAUAGUGACAGCAGUGGUAGUGGAGAAGAUGACUUAGUGAAAGCUGCAGCAAAGAUGUCAAGUAUGAGCUGGAGUUCAGCUUUGCGUCAGACUCUAAGCAACAUAGUAUCACAGACACAGGGUCGCCAUGAAGCAUCCAGGAGUCAAGAAGAUGCCAUUUGUACCGUGUUUUACUGUCCUCAGGAAAUACCCAAUAAACAGGAACUUGAGCACAGUAAUCCUCCUUCCCCUCUACCACUGGAUGUGACUCCUGGACAGAGUUGUCAAAACCAACCAGAAUCUGCUUCCUCUAAUUCAAUGGAUAAAUAUCAUAUACAUGACACUUCUGAGCCUGCUAGGCAAGGGGACUUGACGUCCUUGAAAAAUGACUCUGAAAACCACCUUGAAGACUUUGAGCUGGAGGUAGAACUCCUCAUUACCCUAACUAAAUCUGAAAAAGGAAGCCUGGGUUUUACAGUAACCAAAGGCAAUCAGAGUGUUGGUUGUUAUGUCCAUGAUGUCAUUCAGGAUCCAGCCAAAAGUGAUGGAAGGCUAAAACCAGGGGACCGCCUCAUAAAGGUUAAUGACACAGAUGUUACAAACAUGACUCACACAGAUGCAGUGAACCUGCUUCGAGCUGCACCAAAGACAGUCCGGUUAGUGCUCAGACGAAUUCUCGACUUACCCAGGAUGCCAGUGUUGCCUCACUUGCUGCCUGACAUUGUAUUAACAUGCAACAAGGAGGAGCUGGGUUUUUCCUUAUCUGGAGGUCACAACAGUGUUCAUCAAGUGAUAUAUAUUAGUGAUAUCAACCCAAGGUCAGUUGCAGCCAUUGAGGGUAAUCUCCAGCUAUUAGACCUAAUUCAUUAUGUGAAUGGAGUCAGCACACAAGGAAUGACCUUGGAAGAAGUUAAGGGAGCAUUAGACACGUCACUUCCUUCAGUGGUCCUGAAAGCAACAAGAGGUGGACAUCCAGUAGUCCCCACCACAAAGAGGGCUGCCAGUUCAAGUCCAAAGCCAAACAAGGCCAGUGGUCAUCACAGUGUGGAGCACUGCAGCAAACCCACUCUAACUCCUAAUAGUUCUUUCUCCAAGGUUAAUGGGGAAGGGGUAAUUGAAGUUUCGUACCCUGAAGGAAAACGCUGUACUUACCAGAUGAAAGGAUUAACAAACUUGACUCUGUCCAAAGUUAAUUUUUCAAAUCAGUCAGCCAGUUACUCUAAAUGUGCUAGUAAUUCAGAAUCUGAUGUACAAGAAGAUGACAUUUAUGAUGAUCCGCAAGAAGCUGAAGUUAUCCAGUCUCUGUUGGAUGUUGUGGAUGAGGAGGCCCAGAAUCUUCUGAACCGAAGGAGUGCAGCAGGAGAUGCCCGGGUUCCAGGUACAUUGAAGACCGGUGGGAAGUUGUCAGAAGAGAGAGCAGAAGAUACAGACUGUGAUGGUUCACCUUUACCUGAAGAUUUCUCUGAGUCUACCAAAAUAAACGGCUGUGAAGAAUAUUGUGAAGAAAAAGUAAUAAGUGAAAACGCGAUUCAGAAGUCACGAGAAAGGAAAACCGAUGAUGAAAUCACAUGGGGGAGUGUUGAACUGCCAAUAGAGACAACAAACCACGAAGAUUCCAAUAAAGAUCAUCCCUUUCUGACAAGUGAGGAGCUCGCUGCACUGCCCAUCAUCAAAGUGCUUCCCUCAGGUAAAUACACUGGAGCCAGGUUGAAGUCAGUCGUUCGAAUGUUGCGGGGUUUCCUGGAUCAAGGAAUUCCUUCUAAGGAGCUGGAGUCUCUUCAAGAAUUAAAACCUUUGGAUCAGUGUCUAAUUGGACAAACUAAGGAAAAUAGAAAGAAGAACAGAUAUAAAAAUAUUCUUCCCUAUGAUGCUACAAGAGUGCCACUUGGAGACGAAGGUGGAUAUAUCAAUGCCAGCUUCAUUAAAAUCUCAGUGGGGAAAGAAGAGUUUGUUUACAUUGCCUGCCAAGGACCUCUCCCAACAACUGUUGGAGAUUUCUGGCAGAUGAUUUGGGAACAAAAAUCCACAGUGAUAGCCAUGAUGACCCAGGAAGUAGAAGGUGAAAAAAUCAAAUGCCAGCGCUAUUGGCCUAAUACCCUAGGCAAAACGACAAUGGUCAGUGACAGGCUUCGGCUGGCUCUUGUGAGAAUGCAGCAGCUGAAGGGCUUUGUCGUGAGGGCAAUGACCCUAGAAGAUAUUCAGACCGGAGAGGUGCGACAUAUUUCUCACCUGAAUUUCACUGCCUGGCCAGACCACGAUACACCUUCUCAGCCAGAUGACCUGCUCACCUUUAUCUCUUACAUGAGACACAUUCGUAACUCAGGCCCAAUCAUCACUCACUGCAGCGCCGGCAUCGGACGUUCAGGGACCCUGAUAUGCAUAGAUGUGGUCCUAGGGUUAAUCAGUCAAGAUCUUGAAUUUGACAUCUCUGACCUAGUACGCUGCAUGAGACUUCAAAGACACGGAAUGGUUCAAACUGAGGAUCAAUACAUUUUCUGCUAUCAAGUUAUCCUUUACGUUCUGACACGUCUUCAAGCUGAAGAAGAGCAGAAAGAGCAGCAGCAGCCUCUGAAAUGACAUGAAAAGAGAAACCUUCUGGAAGGAAGCCUUCCCGUUUUUCUCCUAAACCUCCAAAAGACUGCCGCUCUCCACUUAAAAUAAAGAUGGCUGGGUGAGUCCACCCAAUACUAUUAUGCUUGUUCUCCUCUUCCUUAGAGGGACAAUCUUCAUAACAGUAAGUAAUGUUGACAUGCUGUAUUUUUACAGCUACUUUAACCUCUGAUAAUUAUUAAAAGUUUUUUAACACUAACUAAACAAUGCAGUUUAUUAAACUGCUUUUUGGUUUAGAGACUUUAGGGAUGAUUAAGACAGCAUUUGAUCAUAGUGGACAUGGUUACGAGAACACUCUGAGUAUUUGUAAUGCACCAAUCUUGUUUAUAAUAAAAUUCUUUUUCAGUAUUUUAAUAAAGUAGAGCUAUUUUAUAGGGGAUACUUGAAACCAGUAUUUAAGCUUUAAGUGACAACAAUAUUGGCAUAGAAUAAAGUAGCAAAUUUUUAUUAUAUCAAUUUCUAAUGUUUACUAUAUAGAAUUUCCUGUAAUAUAUUUAUAUGCUUUUUCAUGAAAAUGGAGUUAUCAGAUAUCUGUUUGUAACUGAUGUAUCAUCUCACUUUGUAAAUAAAAAUACACCUUAAAACGUGAGCCAGCCAAAAAUGUGUGCACGCCCACAUUUUCAGUGUGUUACUGGUUUUAAAUCUGCCCCCUAUGCCACCUAAAAGAGGAAGACCUGUUGAAACCUUCCCCCAUUGCAGGCUGUCUGGCAUUGUUUUUAAGAACACUUCUGCCCCUGUGAAGGCAGGAACUUCUGGACCAGCUUCCCGUCUUCCCAGUUGGUCACAGUCCUGUCAGCCACAGGGACCAGGAAUGUUGUCAGAAACCUCGUUAGAUCUUCAUCAGGGUCUGGUGUGACGGGCAUAUACUGGCAACAGUAGUUCAGAGUUAGUCUCCCUUCCUUCUGCACCUGUCAGUGGUGCCAGUUUACUGUGCCUAGCUGAUAAGUAAGUCAGAAUGUUUUCAAAUCCUGGUCAUGGUGAUACUCAGGAUAUCUCAGCUGACCAAGGAGUAAUCAAAGAAAACACUAUUUGGUUUAUAUUUGGUUCUGCCAAACAGAAAGAAAAAGAGAUCAGCCUCAAAGAGCUUCCUGCAUUCAGCCCCAUGUGGCACCGUUCCAAGACCCAGGAGACCACAUGGCCCACCCUCAUUGAAUUGCACCAAGUCUGAGCUAGUUGACUUGAAUUUCUGAUAUUAUCUAAGUGAUUCGCUGGAACCUAUUCCUGAGUAUCUGAGGAUAUUUGGGGGUAAAAGGCAGUAUCAGUAAACAUGUAAAGCUCUACUAUGCUGUGUUUGACUCCCCACCUGGUAACAGGUUUGAACCUUACCUCAGAAGCAACUCAAAAUCUGGCAAGAAAUAUCACCACCACCAUUCCUUCUUCAAUCAACAGUUUGUAUAUAUUGGGCUGUAGCUUAAGAUUUCGAUUGAAAAAGGGUUCCACUGUUUUAAAAAGUGUUUGGAAAUCUCUGUUCUAAGUUUGUGGGAAUUAAGAGGCCUUGUUUUCCUGUCAUAGGCAUGUGAAAGCAGGCAAGCAGGCUUUAGAAGCCAGUGCAGCUGGAGAUAAUUAGCUUCCCUCUGAGGUCAACAUAAAUGGGAGAGGGGAAAGCUAGGAAAGGAUGCUUUUCCUGCAAAGAAUGUAGUUUGGAAAUGGAAACUGGGAAGAAAACGCCGGUUUAGGUUUACAAGCCUUGAAUGGAAACUUUAAUAUAGUAAACAUGUUACUGUCCUCAUCUGGGAUCUGGCUCUCCUGCCGUGGAAUGGUGUAAGCUAUUUGCUAGAGCCACUCUGGUUACAAAGGAAGGCAAGCCCCACGGGGCUGGGGUAGCACAUAGAGCACUCACGUAUCAAAUAUGAACAAAUACAGCUCAGCUCUUAACACACAUUGUAUUAAUUAGCUUAAAAAAAAAACCAGUUGCCAUCAAGUCCAGCUCAUGGGGACCCCAUGUGUGUCAGAGCAGAACUGCACUCCAGAGUGUUCAGUGUCUGAUCAUUCAGAAGGAGAUAGCUAGACUUUUCUUAUAAGGCACUUCUGGGUGGACCCCAACCACCAACCUUUCUGUGAGCAAUUGAGUGGUGCCUUUUUAAUUAACUGUUGUUAGGUGCCAUCAGGUCAGUUCCAAUUCAUAGCAACCUCAUGUACAACAGCAUGACAUACUGCCUGGUCCUGUGCCAUCCGCACAAUCUUUGCUGUGCUUGAGCCCAUUGUUGCAGCCACUGUGUCAAUUCAACUCAUUGAAAGUGUUCGUCUUUUUCACUGACCCUCUACUUUACCAAGCAUGAUGUCCUUCUCCAGGAACUGGCCCCUCCUAGUUAACUAAGUGCUAUAAAAUAUAUACCCAAAACAUACAAUGACUCAAGCACAGUUCUGGACAGAUGAACAGCUCAGCAGAGCAGCUCUCCUUCCCUCAGUUUUGAGGAACCCAGGCUGAUGGAGGUUUUCUUAUCAACACAUAGCUUCCAAAGUCAUCCUGGGAAUCACCUCCAUUCCCCUAGGCAGAAAGGAAUGGAGUUUUUAUGGGACAAGCCUGGAAGCAAAGCACAUCACUGGUACUCACAUUCAUCUUCAAGAACUGGUCAAAUAACCCCUGAGUACAGGGAAGCUGGAAAACGUAGAUUAUGACAACUCUAUGCUAUAGAAAGGGAAGCACAAGUUUUGAUGAAACAUAUGUAUAAAGCUGAGCUGAAGUUGCAUAUUCUUAAAAAAUAGUAUCCUAAUAUAGUCCUUAGUAUUGCAGAAUUAGAAACAAUUUUAUCCCCAAAACAAAACUUUGGUAGAUGCCAUUGGGUGGAGAUGAAUUAUCAUGGUUGUUGAAAAAAAUUAGAUUUUUUUUUUUUACACCUGUGGUUUCUAGAUAGCCUCUCAGGUAUCUUGAUUUUAAAAUGACUAGUUAUCUAAAUGUAGUAUGGUAAGCCCAGAAAUCAAAAGAACAGCUCAGCUGCAGCUAUCUUCUAGUCUAUACAUAGUGAGAGAAUGUGUUCCCAUUUUGCCUAAUUCAGAAUAUUCAAGGUUCUUUGUUAUGGUAAAGAUAAUUUUGACAGACAUUGUGGUUUGAACUGCAUCAUAUUUUAAAGCCAAUUUAAAUUUUAACAUAUCAGUUAAGGAUUUCAUUUAACUGCAAGUAACCAAAAAACAACCAAACAGGAGCGUAAACAAAUUAGAGAUUUAUUUUCUUUCCUUGAAAAUACAAGUUCAGAAGUAGGCAGUUCCUGUGAUUAACUCUACAGCUCAAGAAUGUGAGCAACUCUACAAUUAUCCUGGCCUUUUGCUCUAGCCGUUGCAUCCGCAUUCCAGAAAGGAAAUAGGAGGAAGUGACAAGAAGGAAGGGUCGGUCAGUGCCUAGGGUGUGAAAGCAAAAUUUCCCAGAAAUCAUGAGCAAAUUUCCACUUCUAUCUUAUUAGCAAGAACUGUGUCACAUGGCUACCUCUAGCUUCAAGAAAGUCAUUUUUAGCUGGGCACAUUGCUGUUCUGAACAAAAUAUUGGUUCUGUAAAUAAGGACAAAGGUGUCAGUGGAUAUUUGGUUGCAGUAAGCAUUGUGUAUCCCUUUCCAAUUCUACCACAGUUCUUACCCUUUCUUAGUAGCUAGCACUGUGUCAUUCAUUUAAGAUAUUUCUGAUUUAUUUGGCCUCUAUUUACCUUGAGUAGCAGCAGUAGCAGGAGAGCCAGGAAUUGGAGAAGGAACUGGAAUGCAUGUCUGAUUGGUUCCACAAACAAUUGCAUCUUUUGCCAUGAGACUAGACAAGAACUGGAUGGUGCCUGGCUACCAUUACUGAACAUUUACAUCAAAGAUUCUAUAGAAGAAUACUAUCAAAAGGGGUAAAAAUGUGGAACAGAAUCUCGAUUUUUCAUGAAAUUUAGACUUUCUGGAGUCAUUGAAGUUGGAUGACCCCUUGAAACUAUUGCCUUGAGGUAAUCUUUAAACUGAAACUAACCCCUAAAGUCAUCUUUAAACCAAACAAUAGUUAAGCUUAAUUAGUAAGGAAUGUUUGCCUUGGGCAUUGUGCUUUUCAAAAAUUAUCUAUAUGUGAUCAAAUUGACCACACCUUUUUUUUUUUUACUCAAAAGUUUAGUUCAGAAAUUGAAGUGGCAGCGAGUUUCUGUAAAUGGUGGUGGAAUAAUUUGGAAAUGGAUAGUAAGAAUGUUUGCAUAACUUGAAGAAUGUAAUCCAUGUCACUGAAUUGUAUAUGUAGAAAUUGUUGAAUAGGUUUAUGUAUUGUUGGGCAUGUUUUCACCAAAAAUAAAAUAAAUAUUUUGUAGAUAAAGCAUACAAAAAUCUUUCCGAUCUUAAGAAGUAUCUGAAUUUGUAACUGUUUAAAAGAGAUUCACGGAUGGGAAGUAUUUUAAAGAAGUCUACAGUUUGUAGCUUAAAAAUAUUAUUUUUUAUCAUAAAAAUCAAACUCAUUUCUGUAGAGUUAAUUCUGACUCAUAGCAACACUAUAGUAUAGGAUAGAACUGCCCCAUAGAGCUUCCAAGGAACAACUGCCGAUCUCUUGGUUAACAGAUGAGCUAUUAACCGCUGUACCACCAAUUCACUCAAAAUUAGGAAUAUUCUAGAAAUUCAUGCUAAGCUAACUCUCAGGACACUGGUAAAAACCGUAUUGCCAGUUUAUUAGCUUACAGGGAACUAUAUCUAGCAAAAUGAGUACAGUAAGCCUGGACAUUCAGACAGGAGCCCUCCUCCUGCCAGGUAAAGUACAAGCAAAGGCCGAUCAGAAGGUUGCUUACCCACUGCCGUCGAGUCGAUUCCGACUCAUAGUGACCCUGUAGGACAGAGUAGAACUGCCCCAUAGAGUUUCCAAGGAGCGCCUGGCGGAUGUGAACUGCCAACCUCUUGGUUAGCAGCUGUAGCACUUAACCACUAUGCCACCAGGGUUUCCGAAGGUUGCUUAGAGGGUAGGAAAAGGAAACCAUAUAUUCUUGAUGAUGUGAUUUACUAAACUGAGUGAGGCUGAAUUACCUUUUCUACACUAGGGGUAGUAUUUGUGACUGCAUAAGAAAAGGGAAGGAUACAGAACACUUAUUGACCACCUCUGGUGCAUUGUACCAAGUAUAUUCAUGUUACAUACUUUACAGUGCAUUUAGGAUUGAGUAUCUUAUUCUUUUUAAAACAAGAAACUGAGCUCCAGAGAGGUUGUCACUUGCCAAAGUUUGCGCAAAUAAUACAUGGCAGAACUAGGAUUCAGUGGCAGAUCUGGCUGACUUCCAUCCAUAACUCCAGAGGCCCUUGUUCUUUCCACUAUACUAUGCUGUCUCAACUCUCCAUCUGGCUCUUUUCCAGACACAGUGCUGGAAUCAUUCAACUUAACAUUAUUGCCCUGGCGCCAUCUCUUCUGAAUUUCAUAUAGGCCCCAGCUUUUAUUAACUCAUUAUUAUUAAGGUCAGUUAGAAUACUAUCUAUUCAACUGGAGCUUUUUAGGUUACAUUCUUUAUCCUAAUAAUUGUGGUCUCUUGGACAGUUUGACUAUCUCCAGUUCUCUCAGUAACACAUUUAUAAAUCAUCUCUGGAGAUGGAAGUCUUCUGAAUUGACCACUUUCAAAACCUUACACUGAUUUUUGUUGUUUCUGUCUUAAAGGAUGGCCUUUUAUAGACCUGCCCCUCAUCCUGGGAAUGCCCUGACUGUGGUAGAUACCAGCCAUCCUUAUUGCUUUCAGAGCAGAGAGCUGGACUUUACCAUUUUGUGUUAGGUACCUAAGUAGAGAAACAAUUUAGAAAUUCUCUUUGCAUGGACUUUUUAAAACUCAUGGUAACGUUCAUUUUUGGCCUGCGAAUCGAUGAAUUCACAACUCUACUGACCACGUACAUUACAGUGAUCGAUUCCCCGGUAGACUAUAAACUCCGUGAGGGCAGGAACCCUGUCUACUUUGUUACUAUUGUAUGUCUCAUGUGCCUGUAUAUAGCACAGACUAGUUCUCAAUAAAUAUUUAUCAAAUGGAUAAAUGGAAAUCCCCAAGUAGUAAAGCAACAGUUGAGAAUAAAUCACAUCACAAAUGCGCAUCGCUCUUGUCCGUAUCAAGAGUACUGUGACUGCAAGGCUCAGUGGGGCUUUUUCAUGCUACCACAACUGCCUGCUUAAUUAUUGUGAAAACGCCACAAAAUAUUUGUUGUGAUUAUUUAUAUUAACCACAAGUUCUUCAGAAUAUUUCCAAAAUAAAAAUGUACUUGCAGUUUCACACACAUCAUACGAUGCACUUUCUCACACAUUUCAAAAUUUACAAAUAAUAGAAAAUGGAACUAAAUAAGGUCCCAACAAAAAUACAUUAUAUAAGAAGUUACGUGAAUAAGGUGUCAUUUCAAAUCACUAAAGAAAAGAGGAUUCUCCAUAUAUGAUACUGGGAUAAUUAUUAAAAUAUUAUGUUCUUAGCAUGCCAUACACAAAAAUAAAUUUGAAAUAGAUUAAACAUGUACAUAUUUAGUCCAUAAAAAUGUUAGAAAAAUACAUGAGAAAUUAUUUUUAAUAAUGUCAGAACAGGGAGGAACAAAGGGUCUUAUCUACUCCCAAGCGUAAUUUACUUCAUUAUUUACAAGAACAACACACAGCGGCUAGUAAACAUGUUGUGUAAACCCCCAAAGAAAGUCAAAUACAUUUUCAAAUGGAAAAAUUUGCAAUCCAGCCAAAAAUAUAAAUAUUCUAAUAUUUAAUAGAUAUGAGGGUCAAAAAGCAUUUUUUAAACAACAAGACUAAUAAAGCUGAAUAUGUAAAAAAUAUAAAACUUCUGUACAGAAAAACAAAAGGUAAAAGACAGGGUAAGUAAAAUGUUAGCAAAGGGUUAGGACAAAGGGUCACUGUCCACAAUGUAGUAAAAUCUGUUAAUCAAAAAGGAAAAAAUACAAUUAGAAAAGCAAGCAAAAGACAUGAGUAGGCAUGUGAUGAUGAAAAGUGCUCAGUCUCACUACUAAUUUUUAAAUGUAAUUUUUAAUGAGAUGUUUUCACAAGUCAGUUUCAAACACUGAACGGGUUGAUAGUUCUUUAGACUGGUGAGACUGUGGAAAGCUAGGCCCUCUUAUGCACUGCUGUUCAACGUUGCUAGAGAGCAAUCUGUCCAACAUUUCAGUGCGCAGUUGGCCCAGCAAAUCGACUCUUAAGAGGUGAUUCUACAAAAAAGUCUGCACAAGUGGAAGGGUGUUUGUAGCAGCAUUAUAAUACCAAUAAACUGAAAGCUAUCUAUGUGUCCAUGACAAA